AUGGAGCCUGCGCUGCGGGGCACACCGGGUGCGUUUGACUCGGGCACUGUCGGGGCGAGGCUGGGCCCUGUCCGGUUAAAGAAACUCUGGGCAAACUGCAAAUACAAGGUUUCUCAGGCUGCAGCAGACUUGAAGCAGUUCUGCCUGCAGAACGCACAACACGAUCCCCUACUGACAGGAGUAUCAUCAAGUACAAAUCCAUUCAGACCCCAGAAAGUUUGUUCGUUUUUGUAAUUACGUGAAUUACUUCAGUAUCUUUCAGUGACCUUUUAGCAUCUUUUCCUAGCUGCUGAUGUGUGUAUGGGCAGAAUGCCUCAAGGAGUGGCCUGGUUUGAAGUCUGUACAAAAGCUUAGCUUUAACGUGCCAAAUCUAACUGUAAAAUUGCUACUGUUGUCAAACCUCUUACCAUCUACCUCUCCAAAUGAACUGUAUGCUAGUUAAAAUACUUCUGUUUCAUAAGGGAAUCAGUUUUAUAUGCCAAACAAAAAAAAUAAAAGUGUCUUGACUUAG